AUGGAGUACGGUGGCGGGGGCGGCGGGGGACGCGGGGGUGUCCAGCCACCCUCCGCGGGGGCGAGGGGCAUCGCCGGCACCGACACUACCGACGCUGCAUGGCACAAACACGAGCAGAUGAUGCUCAUGGAGUCCAGACACAAGCAACAAUUGAGCGGGAGGCCGGGGACCGGCGGUGCGCCCCUUUACGGACGUUUGGUGGCCGAGGAACCCAUGCCCCCCGCGGUAUGCGGCGGGGGUAGUGCCACCGGCGGCGGGGCGGCCGGCGGGGUUUCGCAGGAGACCCCCUCGGACAUUCACGCCAUGCAGGCCAGGAUACCCCACAGGUUUCGCGAUCCAGCGACGGCGCCUCUCAGGAAACUCAGCGUCGACCUCAUCAAGACGUACAAGCACAUCAACGAGGUUUAUUAUGCGAAGAAGAAACGGAGAGCUCAGCAGAUGCAAGGGGAAGAUGGCUCGCAUAAAAAAGAGAGGAAACUCUACAACGACGGCUGGGAUGACGAUAAUCACGAUUAUAUCAUCAAGAAUGGGGAAAAGUUCCUCGAUCGAUACGAGAUCGAUUCGUUAAUAGGUAAAGGCAGUUUCGGCCAAGUAGUAAAAGCGUUCGACCACGAGGAGCAAACGCAAGUGGCAAUAAAAAUCAUCAAGAACAAGAAGCCUUUUCUAAAUCAAGCGCAAAUCGAAGUUAGGCUAUUGGAAAUGAUGAACAGAGCGGAUACCGACAACAAGUAUUAUAUAGUUAAACUGAAGAGGCAUUUUAUGUGGCGGAAUCACUUAUGUCUGGUAUUCGAGCUGCUAUCGUAUAAUCUAUAUGACCUACUUAGAAAUACGAAUUUCCGAGGAGUGUCAUUGAACUUGACGAGAAAGUUUGCACAGCAACUGUGUACUGCCCUCUUGUUCCUGUCUACGCCGGAAUUGAACAUCAUUCACUGUGAUCUGAAACCCGAAAACAUCCUUUUGUGCAAUCCCAAACGAAGUGCGAUAAAGAUAGUCGACUUCGGUAGUUCGUGUCAACUUGGACAAAGAAUAUACCAGUAUAUUCAGUCCAGGUUCUACAGAUCUCCGGAAGUCCUAUUAGGAAUACCUUAUGACCUCGCGAUAGACAUGUGGAGUCUGGGAUGUAUUUUAGUAGAAAUGCACACGGGGGAACCUCUGUUUAGUGGGGCCAACGAGGUCGAUCAAAUGAACAAAAUCGUAGAAGUACUAGGAAUGCCGCCGAAACAUAUACUGGACCAAGCGCACAAGGCGCGGAAGUACUUUGACAAAGUCCCCACGGAUGGCUCGUACGUGCUGAAAAAGUCCAAGGACGGUAAAAAAUACAAACCUCCCGGCACGAGGCGCUUGCACGAAAUUCUAGGUGUCGAGGGCGGCGGUCCGGGCGGUAGGAGGAUAGGGGAACCGGGUCACUCGAUUUCCGAUUAUCUCAAGUUUAAGGACCUAAUAAUACGGAUGUUGGAUUUCGACCCGAAGACGAGGGUGACGCCGUAUUACGCGCUUCAGCACAACUUCUUUAAAAGGACAGCCGAUGAGGGGACCAACACGAAUAUCGCUGCUGCUAAUAGUGCGAGCACGAGUCCGGCAGUGGUGUCGAUGAGCCAGGAUCACGGACUGGUAACCAUGUCGGGACAGGGCAGCGGCGGCAGCAGCAGCGGCGGCAGUAGCCUGCAGAUGCAAGCGUCGAGUCUACCUGGUGGCUACCAACCGAUGGACUGCGAGUCCUCGCCCCGUCACUCGGGCGGUCGACGUGCCAUAACAACGGGCUACCCGUCGACGUCGUCAGCCACCGGGGGGGUGCCCGCAUCGUCCGCCCCGAUGUCCAUGCAGUCCAUGGACAGCUCCCUGAUACAGAGCUCUCUCGGAUCGUACAAUAGCCUAAUUCUUCCCGGUAUACCCCAUUUGCCUGCGAUGAUGACCUCGCCGAUGAUUCAGCAGCAGAACUUCUACAACUACGGCUACUCGACGACCGACACGCACGGGAUGGUUAGACAGCCAUCGACAGUGUCGACUGGUAAUCAGCGAGAUCCUGAGAGAGAGGAUAGCCCGAUGGUUGGUGUGUGCGUCCAACAGAGUCCGGUCGCUAUCCACUGAGAACGGAGGGAGCGAGGAGGAGAGGAAGAGAGAGAGGGAGGAGCAACCGACGGUGGUGACAAUACUACAGCUCGCGUCGCGAUCGCAGGACCGUGAAGAACAAUCUCAGCCGACCGAUUGAUUGCGGAUGGAGCAAUCGUGGAGCAUGCUUCGAACGUUUAUCGUGGCGUCGGCGAGACGAAAAUGCGAGAGAGAGGGGAGGAGUCAGGCGAGGAAAGAUCAUCUCGAAGUCGUUCCCCGACGCUGCUUUCUCAGCACAGAGUCAAAACGAGACGCGGUUAUCGCGCGACAUCGACGCGCGUCAACUUGUUGGCAGUGAAUUCAACCAAUCUUUCGGAUACGUUGGUUUGGCCGAACAAUUCUGGAAAUGUACAAGGAAAUUACCCGGAAAAUCCCGAAAUUCACCGCAAGCUGGCAGGAGAAGUCCCGGAUUUCUCUCUCUCUCUGUGUGACGGCAGAAGCGAAGGAGUGCUCUAAGAAGAACAGAAGCUCGGCAGCGUUAAACGACACUACGUGUGCGAACGAGACAGGUCCAACGUGUGGAGGAGAAAGGAAUCGCGAGAAAGAAGAAGAACGGGGUAGUAAGAGAGGAGCGAAAAAGUGCGAGGGAAAUUUUCCGUUUUCCGUUACGUUGCUGUAUUUUUGUAUUUUUUAUCGAGCUGACUGGCCCUACACACAUUGGGCGUGAAUAUAUACGUGUAUGCACGAGGAAGAUUAACGAAAAGCUUCGAGCAUGGACAGACAGUAAUGGUCUAGUGAGGAUGAACCCAGCUGGCCUCUCGGGUCCUGCCCGAUUCCACAGACUUAUACUCUGCAGAACUGCGGUUUUUUUAAGCGUAAAACAGCAGCUGAGCAGAAAACUUUCGGCAACCAAACUGUGUGGCCUAGAGAGCUAAAAAGUGAUAAUUACUUAUUAUUACCGCAUAAACAAAUGAUGGGAAAAGUAAGAAUUACCAUUGUAAGCAUGUACUCCAAUAGAGUUUUAUACACGAUGUCACGAAUGUAAACGGUUUAGCAAGUACUUGCGAGCAAACCAGUCUCUCUCGCGUCGACUGCUAGUUAUUUGUACAAUACACUUAGGUGAACGAUAAGAGUGCAGCUUUAGGGUUUAGCUUGUAAGUGUGAGAGGAGGUAAGAGAAAAAAAAAAGAAGAAGAUAAGAACACACACACGGACAUUGUAAACUCGACUCUUUUGUUUACUUUAAAGGAAAACAAAGGAUGUUGCAAACGUCAGUUUGUUAUUGAACAAGGACUUUAAACAAACGAGGUUUGCGCGGCUUAACAACAACACAUAUUUAUACAUAAAGAAAAAAAAGCAGUAAUAAGAAAGUUAAAAAAAAGCAGCAUACACGUAAGAUCGAUCAAGAAUGGUAUAAUCAUACGAGAAACCUAGAUACUUUAUAAUAAACAAUACACGCGUACUCGCAUACAACACACGUUUCCAACGCCAAUCGUCAUUGAUUUUUGCCGUUUGUGCUCCGAUGGUCGCUGCGCUUAUGCCAUUCUCGCACUAACUCGUAAUAUAUAUAUAGAGCUUCCCUUUCGUUUGUUAUCAGCAGAAGACUUACGCAAACACAGUUUUUAUUCGGCCAAACAUUUUUUAAUCUCGGUUAAAGUACGAUUCCUUUUGAUUAUUUAUGUCGACCGUACAUCUAUAUACAUACAUAUAUUGUGACUAGAUGACGAAUAAAAGUAGAAACUUUAAUUUU